CGUCUCUCGUCGUAUCACAGCUGCCGUACUGAUCAAGCCAACACUGCUCUCUGCGUUCUGAAUUCCUCUGCAUUGCCUCUCCGGACAUGGCUCCGUCCUCAGCCGCAGCCCAAAUUCACUUCCCGGGCCUCGCCGGGCCGUCCCCCUGCUCGUCCUCGAAGACCCAGAGGGUGGGCCACCCUCCGCGGUCGGUCUUCUUCGGGCAGGCCCUCGGCUCGGCCUUAAAGGCCUCGCCUUUCUCGAAGCUCAACGCCGGCCGGAGCUCGAGACCGAGGAGGAGGCAGGCCGUGGGGCCCGUCACUGUGGUGUGCGAGAAGGUGGUGGGCAUCGACCUUGGCACGACGAACUCCGCGGUGGCGGCGAUGGAGGGAGGGAAGCCCACCAUCGUUACCAACGCGGAAGGGCAGAGGACCACCCCCUCCGUGGUGGCAUAUACCAAGAACGGGGACAGGCUUGUCGGGCAGAUAGCUAAGCGGCAGGCGGUGGUGAACCCGGAGAACACGUUCUUCUCCGUCAAGAGGUUCAUCGGGAGGAAGAUGUCGGAGGUGGACGAGGAGGCGAAGCAGGUGUCGUACAAGGUGGUCAGAGAUGAGAACGGGAACGUGAAGCUCGAGUGCCCUGCUAUCGGAAAGAGGUUCGCCGCGGAAGAGAUCUCUGCUCAGGUGUUGAGGAAGCUUGUGGAUGACGCUUCCAAGUUUUUGAACGAUAAGGUCACGAAAGCUGUGGUCACAGUGCCAGCUUACUUCAAUGAUUCACAAAGGACAGCAACUAAAGAUGCGGGUCGGAUUGCCGGUUUGGAAGUUCUCCGGAUCAUCAAUGAACCUACUGCUGCAUCCCUGGCUUAUGGGUUUGAGAAGAAGAACAACGAGACUAUUCUUGUGUUUGACUUGGGUGGCGGUACUUUUGAUGUCUCAGUGCUCGAGGUCGGUGAUGGUGUCUUCGAGGUCCUUUCCACUUCAGGAGAUACCCAUUUGGGAGGUGACGACUUUGACAAGAGAAUUGUCGAUUGGCUGGCUGAAAACUUCAGGAAAGAUGAAGGGAUCGACCUUCUGAAGGACAAGCAAGCCCUUCAGAGGUUAACUGAGGCAGCUGAGAAGGCUAAAAUGGAGCUAUCAACUCUUACACAAACGAACAUAAGCUUGCCUUUUAUUACUGCCACUGCAGAUGGUCCAAAGCACAUUGAUACCACGCUAACAAGGGUCAAGUUCGAGGAGUUAUGUGCUGACCUGCUCGAUAGACUCAAGAAGCCGGUAGAGACUGCCUUGAAGGAUGCAAACCUGAGCUUUAAGGACUUGGAUGAAGUCAUCCUUGUUGGAGGCUCAACUCGUAUUCCAGCUGUUCAAGAACUUGUUAGGAAGAUGACCGGGAAAGAACCUAAUGUUACAGUAAACCCAGAUGAAGUUGUUGCCUUGGGAGCAGCAGUGCAGGCUGGUGUUUUGGCUGGGGAUGUCAGCGAUAUUGUGCUCUUGGACGUGACCCCAUUGUCUCUUGGACUAGAGACUUUAGGUGGUGUGAUGACAAAAAUAAUUCCAAGGAAUACGACCCUCCCCACUUCCAAGUCUGAGGUUUUUUCAACUGCUGCGGAUGGCCAGACAAGUGUUGAGAUCAAUGUUCUUCAGGGAGAGAGAGAGUUCGUGAGGGAUAACAAGUCCCUGGGAAGCUUCAGACUAGAUGGUAUUCCACCUGCACCGCGUGGAGUUCCUCAGAUUGAAGUGAAGUUCGAUAUCGAUGCCAAUGGCAUUUUAUCAGUCACUGCAGUUGACAAAGGCACGGGAAAGAAGCAGGACAUCACAAUAACUGGUGCUAGCACUCUGCCCAAUGAUGAGGUGGAGAGGAUGGUGAAGGAAGCAGAGAAGUAUGCCAAGGAGGACAGGGAGAAGAGAGACGGAAUCGACACGAAGAACCAGGCAGAUUCCGUCAUCUACCAGACCGAGAAGCAGCUCAAGGAGCUCGGGGAUAAGGUUCCAGGCCCUGUGAAGGAGAAGGUCAAAGCCAAACUAAAGGAGCUCAAGGAUGCUGUUACCGGCGGCGCAACUCAAGCAAUCAAGGACGCGAUGGCGGCUCUUAACCAAGAGGUCAUGCAGCUCGGGCAGUCUCUCUACAGCCAGCCUGGAGCUGCUGCAGGGCCGAGUUCUCCGGGUGCAGGGCCAUCAGAUUCAUCAAGCAGUGCCAAGGGAGCCGAGGGAGAUGGCGAUGUCAUUGAUGCCGAUUUCUCUGACAGCAAGUGAGGAGAUUGGAGACAUAGCAUGUGUUCCGAGUAGCAUUUGUACAUGUAGGUAAAAAUUAUAUGGCUGAUCCGAGUUGGAGGCGACUUAUUAUGUUGCGGUAGGGGCUUCGAUUGUUGCUAAAAUGUACAGAUAGAAAACAGCGGCAUGAACGUUCUCGAGAAUGUCUUGUUAGCAACCUAGGGGCCACAAUCAAACUGUUCAGGUUGGGUAAUAUAGUAAUAUAGCAAAUUCGACUUCUCGUAUUGAAAUUUGA